GGGCUGGGCCAAAGGGCCGAGCUACCUGUAGCUCGAUGGAGGUAGAAGAGGGAACUCAGUUGCAGAAGGAGCGAGCACUCCUACUGGGGGAAUUGAGCACGCUCCGGGCCAAGUUUGAGUUGACCUUGCAAACAUUGCGGUCCUUGCUGGGUCUCCAGUUGAGUUGCUCAUGGGCCGACAUCGUUGAACACGUGGAGCUGCUUACUCGCUUGGCAGAUGGGCGCAAGACCAAGGAGGCCAAGGAGCCGAGCGAUGCGGAAGAGCGUGAAGUGGAAGAACUCCAACAGCUCCUGCUGAAUGCCGAAAUGGAUCUGGAUGAGAAAGAAAGGCAGCUUGAGGAGCAGCAGAAUCGGGUGCAGAGCCUUUCCAACGUUCUGGCGAAGCAACAGAACGUCUUGGAUAUGACUGCUGCUCAGAUCAGCAACCAGCAAGAGCAGAAGGACCUUGUGGCAAAGCAAAGCGAACAGCUGAUGUCCCUGACGCUGGAGCGGGAUCGGCUGAGAGAUGAACGCGACAGGCUGUGGCAAGAAGCCAAUCAUCUGCGGGAGUUGAACCAUGUGCAGCAGCGAUCGUUGCAAGAGAAGGAGAGCCAGCUGAGCUCAGCUGAAGCUUCUUUGGCAACAAACCAGCAAGCUCUCCUAAAGAGGGAGCAAGAGCUCUGCGCUUUGCAAGCGGAUCAUCAACGGCAACAAGUGGAAAUUGAGGAGCUCUGUGAGGCAGUUGCCUGGAGAGAAGGGGAGGUGGAUCGAAUCCGAUCCCAGUUGGAUAUCUACGAGGCUGCGGAACGUCGCAAGCACAGCUAUCGAUCUGGCAGCAGUUCUUUUUUGGGCCGCGUCGCGUCAGCACGAAGCCUGGACGGAUCAGAGCCGGGGUCUUCUUUGAGUUCAGCACAACCUUCUGCCCGCGGUGAGCGAAGGAACGAGUCAAGUGUGCCUUCCACACCUGGUGCUGGCAUCCAUGGUGCUGUCAGCCCCGCAUCCAGUCGCCGUGCCUUGCGGCCAGUAGCUCCGUUGGCGUCCAUGGACAAGGAGGAGCGGGCUGCGUUCUUGUCGCAUUUCCCAAUGGCUUCGCGAACCGAGAGGCACCUACGUCACCGAAUCAAUGAUUCAAAUCAUAGAUAUUGAGACUAGCAAAA